AUGAAUGAUAAUCAAAUUAGAGCAGAAGGUAGAAGGUUAUUUAAACGCUUCUAUAACAUUCCUGAUGGUGUUAAUCCUAAAACUCGUAGAAGCUAUUUAAAUGAAGCAAUAGAUGCAUAUGAAGGGUUUGACAUUUCAUCAGAAAGUGAGAGAUUAGCGAGAAUGUUAAAUGUUAAUAUUGAUUUCUAUUAUUGUGAUCCUCAACCAGAAGACGUAGACAUUAACAAGGUAGACUUUCCAUUAGUGGAAUCAAUAAUGAUAGAUCCAGAAUUUGAAACAGUAAAUAUUUUAUUAACACAGAGUCCAUGUGGAAAACUUCACGCUGACAGAAUAACAGACGUUGAAGCACUCACCGGCUAUAGAGUUUGUCCAUAUUGUAAAGAAGAAGUUUAUUCUAUCCGUGAUGAUCCAGAAAGGAAAAACCAAAGAAGAUUUUUAAAGCAUUGUGAGAAAUGUAAAGAAAAUAAUGGAAGAUUAAUUCAAGACGUUCAAUUGCAAAAGACACAGCAACCAUAUGCACCACAUAUUACGAAACAGAAGAUAUAUCAGUGGUUAUUAGCUCACAAUUUGCAGAAAUAUUAUAAACCGACAAGAUAUUAUAUUACUUUUGACUUCGAAACAUUAGAGACUAAAGAAGAAUUACAACUUUCUGAGUGUGCAACUUUGAACGCUUACUUAAAACCAUUCAUGGUAUCAUCAACGGUUAAAUUAAAUGAUAAAACAUAUACGAGGAAUUUUUGCUUAACUUCGAGUGAUUCUUUUAUUUCUGAUUGGAUUGAGUUUUUAUUUUCAACCUGUUCAUUAGUUGUUGAAUCAAAUAUGAGUCAAUACAAUGAAUUAAUGAAGCCACAAAACGGACAAACGGCGGGACUUUGUCUCAUACAUUAA